AUGGAUAGUGAAGAGCAAAGAUCUGCUGUUAUGCAUAACGAAAGAUAUUCAGAAAAGCCGUACAAUGCUGCCCGAAAAGACCAUUCGUAUGAGAACAAGAAGCCCGCGUAUAAAUCACAGUUUCGUACAGAUACAAAGAAAGCGGAAAUAGAUAAAAAGAAGAAAAAGAAGCGAGAGGAAAGUGCCACCGACAAGGAAGACAUUUUGAUUUCUGGCCUACCAAAGCGAGAGAACAAAGGGUUUCAGUUAGUGCUUCAGGAUGGGUCGCAAAUAACUGCGCAACUUAUUCAGGAGGAACUAAAGAAGUACCAGAGUGCAUCUGGCACCGCUGCUGUCUCAGAGGAACCCAACGUGGAGAGUGCUGAGCCAGAAAAAAGUGAAAAGGAGGAGACUAUUUCUGAGCCUACUAAGGCAGUGGAGAGCGAGUCUGUAAAAGAAGAAGCUUUGUCUGGUGAAAAGGCAGAGGUUGUAGAGCCAGUUGCACCUGUUCCAGAAAAGCCUAAGCUGAGCCCACUUGAGGAGAUGAAGAUGCAGCUGGACAGGCAUCUGGAAGAGGAGAGGAAGAAGAAAGCCAUGGAAGCUGCAGCAGCACUAGAUGUACGCUCUGAGGAGUCUUCUAAAGCCGAGACUGCACAGCCAGAAGUUUCAGCACCUGAAAAGCCAUUGAGUACGGUGGCUGAGAAGCCUGUUGAGCCUGUUAAGGAAGACUCAGAAGAGGAGGAGGAAGAUGAGGAACCUACUGGACCUGACGUAAAUAUUUGGACCAGAAAGAAAUCAAAAAAUCUGCUGAAUACUAUAUUCAACAAAGUCCCCGAAAAGAAGUCACCAGCAAAAGCACCGGCAUUCCGUACUGCACGAAAAGUAUCUACUUUAGGCAAGGCCACUGCACCAGCAGCGCAGGGACCAACUCUUACUAUAGAAAAGCCAGAGAAGACAUUCAAGGAAAAGGGCGAGGGUGUUUUUAGACAGGACAAGCUUGCAAAAGGUAUUGGCAAAAUGAAAAUAUCUUCAGACUCUGCCAGCCGCACGCCAAAGGAAGAGCCGUAUAAAAAGGCUGAAGCAGCACCUUCUGCAGGAACAAAGACUAUUUCUUCUGCUGGUGCCAAUAAGCCAGAGAGUGCCGCAGUGACUGUGUCAGAAAAGAUACAUUUACAGGAAAGGGCAGAGACCACUCCGCAGACAAUUGCAGCCACUGCAAGUACAAAGAAGGCCGAGCCGAUCUCUUUUGCAGCUGUUGACAAAGCAGUAAGCAGCCCGGACAGCUUCUACAAGUCUCUGGACGGAGCCACAAUCACUUCUCUUCCCAUUAUAUACUCAAAGGAACAGCUUUGGGCACUGAAGAGCCGCUCUGAAGGAAUGCCAAGUAUAAUAGACAAAAACAUACUUGCCAAGUCAAUUGGGGCUGGGAAGAAGAGGAAGGACUUUAAGAUGUUUAAGACAUCGGGGUUCAAGGAUGCGCGAAAGACUGCUUUGCCUGUGACUGUGUUUGAGAGCAUUGAGCCGUACAUUGCAGAGUUCAACCUUGCACUGAACCAGGUCUGCCAGAACAACAUUGAUGAGGUGGCCAAGAGAAUACUUUCCAUUAAAGUGCCAACUGUUGAGGCGAUGGAGGAGCUUGCAAAGGCGUUCUUUAACCGGGCGAUGGUUGAGCAUGCGUACACGGGUGUUUAUGCUGCACUGGUUGAGCGGCUUGAGGUUCGGUUUAGAGCACAGACUGAAGAACCAUUUGUUGAGAACUCUCCUACAGGGUACAAGACAGUCUUCCGACGCACCAUCAUAAAGCUGUCACAGCAGGAGUUCAUGGUCAAGAGAACUUGGGCCACAGACCAGGUGGAGCACAAGAUGGUAAGUAUGACAGCAGAGGAGCUUGCCAAGCGUGUUAUGGAAAUCAGCAGCAACAAGGAAAAGGAGUACGAAAGAAUCAGCAUAAAGAAGAGAGCACUUACUAUUGCUAGAUUUGCAGUGGAGCUUUACUUACAGCUGGUACUUAAGGACAGCACUAUGCACUCGUCGAUAUUCUUCAUAAUGGAGGAUAGAACUCCAGAAAACGUUGAAAUUGUCUGCUACAUUCUAAAGCACGCAGGAAGUCGGCUGGAUGUUCCAAUUGCCAAGGAGUACAUGGACUCAUACAUUACAUGGCUUAAAGAGUCAUCUGCAAACUUAAGCGUUCGGUACAAAUUCAUGGUUGAGGAGAUAAUUGACCUAAGAAAGCACAGCUGGGUGGCAAAGGAUUCCAGAAAAGACUCCGAGGAUGAGGACGACGGGUGGAAGAGCAGCAAAACAAAAGAAAAGAAGAAGUUCGUUAAAGAAAAGUCUGUCCGCAAGGAAAGUAUUUCUAAGACCCAGAAAGUAUCAGAGUUCAUUGAAUUGCACGACGAUGAGUACAGAAAGAUGGAGUCCGAUGCAGUUUCUACACUAAAGUGCAGCAACAAGACGUUUGCACCAGCAGAACAUGCAAAGAGACUAUCAGUAGAGUACAACAGCUUAAGUGCAAUAUUCUUCACGGCGCUUAUUAAAAUAACCAUUGAGGGAUACGGAGAUACCUUAGAGAACGGAAUGGGACUGGUCAAAGAAUGGACUAAAUUAGUUCCACUGUCCCCACAGAAGAAAGAAGAAGUGUUUGAAUAUAUAGAAGAGAUAAUGCCAGACUUGGUCGAUGACUCUCCCAAAGCACCCGCACACUUUGAAGAAAUCAAAAAAGCACUCCAUAAAUAAAUAC